CUACGCAUUCACAUCUUUACGACUUGAACGACUCUUGGGCAGGGAUGGCGUCUCCUCCAUCUUUCUCUUCUUUCCCCGACCUUCCUGCUGCCAGCAGUAAGGCAGGACAGGACCCACAGGCCGAACAUGUCCCAACCUUUUCAUCUUUCCCCGACCUCCCGAAACCUUCCAUGUUUUCAAGAGAUGAUGGCCAUAGACAAAAGAGGGAUAAUGAAAGAGAAGAUCUGGACAAGAUAGAUCGACGAAAGAGGAAAGAUAAGGAAGAUGGGCGAGAAGAAAGGGUUGACCGGCGGCGGAGAAAUCGACAUGGCGAGCGUGAGCGUGAACGUUCUCGGAGCAGAGAACGGCGGCACGGCGACCGGCACCGGCAUGACAAGGAUGGCCACCGAGAUCAAUCACCAGAACGGCGGAAGAAGGAGGAGCGCCGGAGACGGGAACGUGAGGAAGCUCAGGCUCUUGUCCGAGGCGAUGUCAAGCGGCCAGAGGAAAGGACUAGCAAGAGUAGAGAGAGAGAGAAGAGUGAGGAGAGGUGGGUGAAGGACGAUGACGAUGGUACGCCCUGGUAUGAGAGUUUGGGAGGUGGAAAGAAAACCGGCAGUAGUGACAAGUCGUAUGAUCCUUCUAAAGCGCUUUUCCUGGAUACUGCUGGAGACAGAGAUAUUGUUCGAUAUGGAGCAACUACUUGGCAUUCUGCUCCGAGGUACCACAGGGAUGGAAACAACCGCGUGAUGGGCUGGAACGAAGGUAUACGCGUCGUCUACUCUCGAGAUCGUACUCAGAAGGGUAUUGAGCUUGCUCCGAAAGGUCGUCCUUAUGUCCCUAGGUACCACAAACACAUCCGCUCCGCCACAUCCCACAUCUACCGUAUCCUCCUUCCCCCAUCUUCUGACCGGCAACUCGACUAUGAUACUUCCUUUGUCGCAUUUGACUCUCGCCCCAAGAGACUGGAAGAGCCAGACCUCCCUAGCUACCGGAGUAUCACCCACCAAGACUUGCCGGACGAAGGCAAGGGCGGCGAGUAUGAGCUGGUGGAAGAUGCUAUCGGAUCUUUUGCUACCGCAGAGCAGGAAGUGAGAAAGAAGACGGUAGAUAUGGAGCGGCGUUUGAAGGAGCAACCGGAGGACGAAGAUGCCUGGAUCGAGUAUUCGACGCUUCACCUUCAACUAUCGCCCGAGGCGGAAAGAGUCCCGGGCGUCGAUCAGACGCGACUUGCAACGACCAAAGCCCAGGCAGAAGUGACACUUUCUAUCCUCUCUCGAGCUUUGAACGCGACACCAGAGAAUGGGUACUCUAUCGCACUUCAUCUGGCGUAUAUCCGUUCCGCCGAAAAGAUCUGGCCCGGCCGUAAGGUCACUGAGCGAUGGAAGAAUGUUCUCAGGGAGCUCGGCCAAGCCAGCGAUCGUAGACCAGGGCUGGAAGAAGGUAUGAUGAAGCUUUGGCUAGGCUAUAUCGAAUGGAGGGAAGGACAAGGAUUUGGGAAAGGCGAUGGGGAGGAGAGUGGUGGUGGGGUGGACGAAGUCGUGGACGUUUACGUGGAGUGUAUCGAGAGGUUGAAGAAUGGGAUGGGUGGGGAUGCGUUGGCGAGAGAGGAGAAUCUCGUGUAUUUCUUCUUGAGGGCGUGUCUCUUUAUUAAGCAGGCAGGAUACCAAGAGAGAGCACUUGCAGCAUUCCAAGCGCUUAUGGAAAUUACCUUCUUCAAACCGGACCACCUUCGCCAUCAACCACAUCCAUCGCAACGCGAAGCGUGGUUCACAUCGGUCACAUCGACAUUCGAGGAAUUCUGGGACUCGGAAGCCCCGAGGAUAGGUGAGCCUGGCUCUACGGGCUGGCGCAAUACCCCGGCAAAUACGCCACCGCCUCCUUCUGUCCCACGGGAUCCACUGGUGUACAAGUCCGAGGAUCCGUACGAGAGGUGGCUCGAGACCGAGCUGCGAGCUGAAACGUUGUUUGCCCGACCUGGGCGCGCGACAGAUCUAGACGAUGAGCUUGAAGACGACCCUUUCCACAUCGUCGUCUUUUCCGACCUCUCCCCCUUUCUCUUUCCCAUCUUUUCGCCCGAGGUACGGCUGCAGCUCAUCUAUGCGUUCCUUACUUUUCUUGGGCUUCCGUUCACGCCUCCAGGGGUCCCGAGCACUUCACCGGCAAAUGCGGAUCCGCAUUUUCAAUGGUUGCUUGCUGCCAACCAACGUGCAAGGAUGUCGUUCUGGCCGCCCAAGCCGUCGGUCAAACGUAUACACUGGCAGACUGUCGCUGGCGAACCAAUGGACCCGGAACGCCCGCUCUCCAUCUCGUCGCCCUUUUCUUGCCCCGUCAAGAACUGGGCACAAACGCGCUCGACGUUAUUUGCCAAGAGCACCGGGAGCGGGGCAUGGUUCAGGGAUUUGGAGAGGAUCGAUUUGGAAGGGGUGGACGUGGAGGUUGUAAGAGAGGUGUUCAGGAUCAUGGGGCCGUUGGUGCCCGAUCCUGGGUUUACGCUCGCUGGAUUUGCUGUUGAAGCUGCCCUCUCGCCCAAAAAUGCUAUCAAAGCGGCCAAAUCCAUUCUUUCGCAGGAUCGCACCAAUUUGCUGCUGUGGGAUGGUUAUGCCCGACUUGAACGUCAGCGCGGAAAUGCAUCGACAGCCCGAACAGUCUAUAUCACCGCAUUGCAAGCUGCUAAACAAGAGAGAGAGGGGAGAGAAAAGACGGAGGACGAGAUGGAUCUAUGGGCAGGAUGGGCAGAGAUGGAGUUUGAGGAGGGGGACAAGGAGAGGUGCUUGGACGUCGUGGUCAUGGCUGCGGGGAUUGGAGAGGACAGCAUCAGUUUAGGUCAAAAUGAAACGUCUACCCCUUCACCGCUGAGCCUGCUCAAGACGCGGCAGUACUAUCACCGACUUGCCCCCACUGGGAGCGCGCUACUCCUUUCCUCGCUCCUGACGUACCUUGUCGACGGCAUCGACACAACAUGUGAUGCCCUCCUCAACAUUGCGUUCGCCCACCCCACGUCGAGCGGUGAAUGUGAAGAGGCACUGCAACUCCUUUCCCAGAUCAUGUUCCGCCACGCGACAUUCACGCCCUCGACGCCUGCCUACCUUUCCCGCCAUGUGCUCGAACGCGCCCUCGGGGCGUUCCCCAACAACACGGCGCUGCUAUCGCUGUACAUGUACGGGGAGCUGCACAACCGAGUGUAUGGGCGGGUGCAGCGGCUGAUUGGAGAGAUGACGGCGGAGCCGUCGGCCAACGCUGAGGGGAAAGGAGUGGUGGGGUAUCUGUGGGCGGUGUGGGCGGAGGCGGUGGCUGCGCAUCGAACAUUCUGGGACGCUGGCGGGGGCGGGGCUGAGCGGGUGCGGAUGGCCCUCGACAAGGGUAUAAAUUCGAGUCGCGGCCGUUACUGUGCUGCGUUGUGGACGCUGUACAUCGAGUUCGAGGUGCACAUGGGCCGCGCUGCCUCGGCCAAGCAGCUCUGCUACCGGGCUGUGGCGUCGCUGGGGGCAUGCAAGGGACUGUAUCUGCUCCCGUUCUCGCGUGCUCUUCGGCCGCACUUUUCGGGCACUGAACUGGCGGGGUGGACCGAGCUGGCGAUCGAACGUGGGCUGCGUGUGCGGGACGCGUCCGGGCUUUGGGACACGGACGGGGAGGAGGAGAUGGUGUCAGAUGGGGGGUCCGAGCUGGGCUUCCUGGCUGAGCGCGAGAUGAUGAAACCGUACUAG